CUCUGGGCCCGCCUCCGGGGCCCAGGUUUUUCAAAACCGAGAAGAGGCACCAGCUGAAGCUACGAUCUCGCCUCCGCGCCUGACCCCUCCCAGAACCGGUGAUGCCAAGGCCUCAGCGAGGGAUAGGGAAGAGUCGGGGUUGAGCCCCAAGGUGAGCCGAGGGCUCGCGCUCUUCUGGCCUCCUGGACCCGCCCCACCUGAAGAAAUGAGUGGUGGAUUGGCUCCAAGUAAAAGCACAGUGUAUGUAUCCAACUUGCCCUUUUCCUUGACAAACAAUGAUUUAUACAGGAUAUUUUCUAAGUAUGGCAAAGUUGUAAAGGUUACUAUAAUGAAAGAUAAAGAUACCAGGAAGAGUAAAGGGGUUGCAUUUAUUUUAUUUUUGGAUAAAGACUCUGCACAAAACUGUACGAGGGCAAUAAACAACAAACAGUUAUUUGGUAGAGUGAUAAAAGCAAGCAUUGCUAUUGACAAUGGAAGAGCAGCUGAGUUCAUCCGAAGGCGAAACUACUUUGAUAAAUCUAAGUGUUACGAAUGUGGGGAAAGUGGUCACUUAAGUUAUGCCUGUCCUAAAAACAUGCUUGGAGAACGUGAACCUCCAAAGAAGAAAGAAAAAAAGAAAAAGAAGAAAAUUCCUGAACCAGAAGAAGAAAUUGAGGAAGUAGAAGAAAGUGAAGAUGAAGGAGAAGAUCCUGCUCUUGACAGCCUCAGUCAGGCCAUAGCAUUCCAGCAAGCCAAAAUUGAGGAAGAACAAAAAAAAUGGAAACACAGUUCAGGGGGCCCCUCAACAUCACAUGAUUCAAGACGCCCAAGGAUAAAGAAAAGCAAAUAUUUCAGUGAUGAGGAAGAACUCAGUGAUUAAAAUUAUAUUUAUUAUGUAAAUAUAAUUAAAAUUUAAAAAGUCUUGGAGUACAGAGUUCAGUUGGGGACUAAAGAUUACUUUUAGAAUUUGAGUAUGUGAAUACUUAAUGCCAAAUAGUUUUUUUACUGACAAAUAGUUCAUAGGAAAUUAAAACAUAAUUUUAAAGUAUCAUGUUUCUAUCUGGCCUCAGCACACUGAUAAAAAUAAAGAUUUGCUAGUAACAAUCUUGAAAAGAGCUAAUUUUAACAAAAAUAAGGAAACUUAAUAUUGUCAUAGGAAUAUUAUUGUCAUCCCAAGAAAAAAUAUAGAUAUUAAAAACAUUUGAGUUCAUUAUAAAAAGCUUUAUUCACGUUUGAUUGGUUUACAUGAAGACUUUUGAAAUAAAUUUAAUCUUUAAAACAAAAAUGUCAUAAAGACUGAAAAGUUGAAUGAUUUAUUGUUAAUAAUAGUAUCAAUAAACUUUUCAAGAGAAUUUUGUCUUUAAAUAAUGUUGUCAUCUUAUUUCUUGUAGCGUUAUCCCAAUCUGAAUAAAUUGUAAAUACCUAUAAAAUAAAAAGUAAAGUAGCUCUAAAGGGAUUGUAAUCAAACACAGCAGUUAUUUGUCUGCCCUGCCUACAGCACCAAAUUCCUGUCCCUAGAAGCAACUACUUGUAACUUCUUUAGCUGUUUCUUUUCAUAUGUACAAACAUAUUGCUAAAUAAAUACAUAUACUUA